GUAACGUCAAUACAAUACUGAAAAGUGGAAAUAAAAUCUUUGUAAUUAUCCGGAAAAUUAACUGAAACUUGCUGAAAUCUACAUACAUAUGAGUGGUACAAGCCGUAAAGGCCCGGUAUUCGACCCGGGCCUGUGCCGUUGUUGCGGCGCGCUGAAGAAAUGUCGCCUGUUGAACCACGAAUACGAUUGGCAGGGACAGAAAGAAGUGUACUCAGAUAUGUUCGUGGAUUGCUUUGGUUUAAUGCUUUCACACCUAGAUGGCACUGAGCUGGAGCGCCUGAUCUGCGCCACCUGUGUGCUGAGACUGCGGGAUGCCAGUGCAUUCCGAGGACAGGUGCUGCGCUGUGAGGAGACACUGCUUCAGGCCAGCAUACAUGUGCAUGGAGAAAACGUGCCUCCAGAGGUGAAACAGGAGCCUGAAGUUAAACUAGAGGAGCGGCCCGAGGAAGUAUCCGAACCCCCUGAAGCCCCCGAUGACGAUGUCAUGGACCCGGACUAUGUGGACGAUGGCGUCGAUAACGGGGAUUUAGACGUCACAGUGGCGAAGCCAAAGAGAUCUCUGAAGAAGGAAAAGAAGAAGGUGAAGCGGCGAGAGAAGCGCGGCAAGCGCGAGCUCGUGGAGAAGAUGAGGAAGACUGGAGAAAGGCUGAGGAAACUGGAGAAGAUUGAAAUCCAACCGGCGGUCGAGAAGAAGCGAGUGGUGGACGCGGACUACAAGGCGUAUAAAGACUGCGUGACACUAGUAGAGAGCUCGUUCGUCUGUCCGUUCGACACAUCCUUCAGCGACUACUUCUGUGUCUACUGUCGACAGGUAUUCACGGACCCGGACAAGCUACGCGAGCACACUCUAACCCACGACCCUUCCGCCUACAAAGACAUCGUGACGGCUGUCAAAAAGCUCCCCCAAAUCGACGUCCACCGAAUAGACUGCCGCCUCUGCCCCGUCAAAAUUGACACCCUUGACAUUUUCAAAGAACACCUCAAUAAUGUCCACGGAAUGACAUUCUACCCCAACCCUAGCGAUUUUCUAAUUUACAAACUAACAUUAACUAAUUUAACUUGCUUAGAAUGUAAUCAGUCUUUCGGAUUUUUCCACGCCUUAAGAAAGCAUAUGGCGGAACAUUUCGGUACGUGUAUCUGUGACGUUUGCGGCGCGCAUUAUUUCGAAGAACGAAUGUUAAUAUUACACCAGAAAACUCAUCAGAGAAUCGACGAGAAUUACCCGUGUAAAGAUUGCGGGAAAAACUUCAAAUCGAAGCAUAGUAGGUAUUUACACGAAGCGCGAACACAUAAGAAGGAACCCGCGUAUCAAUGUGUUAAAUGUGACGCUGUAUUAUUUUCUUACACGUUAAGAUAUCGUCAUAUGAUCGAGGUACACGGCGAAGAGAGACUUUUUCCAUGCGAACAUUGCGACAGAGCAUACGACAGUCGUAAAUCUUUAAGAGAACAUAAUAGACGAUCCCAUUUAAAAAUAUUCAAGCAUCAAUGCGAUUUGUGUGACAAAAGAUUCUACCUACCCUCAAGGCUUAAAGAGCAUAUGGCUACACAUACUGGGGAAAGGAAUUAUAGGUGCGAGUAUUGUGGGAAGAGUUAUCCGAGACUUAGAGGCUUGAAAGUGCAUAUGCAGUCGCACGGCGCCGAGAAGAAGUUUAGAUGCACGUUGUGUGGGGCAGCGUUUACGCAGAAUGUUAAUUUGAGGAAUCACGUUAAGAGACAGCAUCAGAGCUUAGAUUUGGAAGAAUUUCACGAUUAAUAUGAAUAUACACCCACAAGAUGGCAGAACCUACGAUGCUCAAGAAAACUCAUGAAGUGUCAAUGUACAUGUUUAUGUUUCCGAUUCAGUUCACACGAUGGCAGACCCUCC